GCUACUCUCGUGCCACCACUUCAAAAUUGACACAAGCAGAAGACAAAGAGAAAAAGCAAGGGACGAGGAAACAGGACGGAGUUUUUUUUAUCUCGCGAAUAUGAAGUUUAUUUGUGAAUCUUGACGUACAAUUAAUCAUUAAACUCAUCAAUCUCAAGAGAAAAUAUCGAUUAUAUCAUCUAGAUAUUUAUGUACAGCUUUGUUUUUUUUUUAUUAAUUUCCGAAACACAUGGAUUUCCAUCAUCGAUACACACAGCCGUCACAAUAUCGAGUCAAUGCUAUUAGAACACCAAUCAACCGACUUGACUUUAGAGUCUGAUCAGGAGAAACAGAAAAUGUUCAGAAUCAAUUGUACGAUCGAGAUUAUCCGUUGAGGUUUAAUCCCGAUAUAUAAAUUUAAGAAAAUCAUGUCAUGUUUAAAAUGUGAUAAAACUCAAUUAAGUACCGCAGUGCUUUGGUUAUGCCGUUCUGUCAAAGUAGUUGCAGAACUUGUCGAGACCCUAAUUUGAGUGAGAAUUCACGUGUCAAUACAUUUGAACGAAAUUGAGGACACGCGUUGCGUGUCCACGGAUAUAUAAUCUACAAAAAAAAAAACAAACUUGGAUCGGUUGAAAGUGCAAAAUGGGUGACCAUAUUGGCGAUAACAUAUUAAUUCCGCAAGUGGACAACGUCGUGUUGAUCGACAAGAGCGAUGGAAGCAACAAGAGCAUGGACGGAACACUGUGCAUCAGUGGUCAUCAUCUUAUUUUAUCUUCUAGACAGGAUGACGCACAAGAGCUUUGGCUGAUGAAUCGUAAUAUUGACCUAGUGGAGAGGAAACUGAAUACUCCAAAUCCAGGUGGUAGCAUAAUACUGAAAUGCAAGGAUUUUCAAAUAUUUCAGUUGGAUAUUAGUUCUACCAAUGACUUGAUCAAUGCCAUAUUGUCUAUAGAAAAACUGAUAUCACUUGAUCAAACUCUACAGUAUCCGUUCUUUUUUCGACCCCAAGUAACCAACAACGUACAAAUAGAAGAUGGAUGGACUGCGUUUGCACCUGUCUCCGAAUGGUCUAGGUUACUGGCAGCACACGGAGAUGAAUGGCGCAUCAGUUACUUGAAUAGGGACUACAAAAUCUGCAACUCGUAUCCGUCAGCGGUUAUAGUGCCACGUCAAAUAGAGGAUAAAGUUAUAAUAGCUUCUUCUACGUUUAGGGAUGGCGGACGAUUUCCUGUUUUAUGCUACAGACACGAAGGAGGGAGUAUACUGUUGAGAAGCAGUCAACCGCUAUGCGGAGCUACCGGUAAGAGAUGUAAAGAUGACGAAAGACUGUUGAACGCGGUUCUAGGUCCAGGAAGACGGGGUUACAUAGUGGACACGAGAUCGGUCAGUCAGGCACAGAGUGCCAGAGCUAGAGGAGGCGGCACAGAAAUGGACACGGCUUAUCCACAGUGGCGAAAAGUACACAAACCAAUCCCCCGGCCGCAGGAUCUAGCGGAUAGUUUCUACAAGUUGAUAGAAGCCUGCAACGACAUGAACGGUUCAACUUCGCAAUGGCUGUCGAAACUGGAUAGUAGCGGAUGGUUGUCCGCUGUGCAAAGUGCUUUAAACGCUGCCUGUGUAACCGCGCAAUGCCUGCAUCAGGAAGUCGCGGCUGUUUUAGUGCACGGUAGCGCAGGCAGAGAUUCCACACUAGUGGUGACUAGUUUGGCUCAAGUGAUUCUGAAUCCCGAUUGUCGAACGGUACGCGGGCUUCAGGCGCUCAUAGAGCGCGAAUGGUUGCAGGCAGGUCAUCAGUUCUUCAGUCGUACGCGAUACGCAGCGUAUCAGCCGUCGAACUCGCAAAACUCGACGCACGCGCCGACUUUCCUGCUCUUCCUCGAUUGUUUGUAUCAAUUACAUUAUCAGUUCCAAUUCAGUUUCGAAUAUACGAUGGAUUUGCUAAUCAAGUUGUACAAGCACGCGUAUUCGUCAAAUUACGGAACAUUCUUAGGCGAUUCCGAAGCGGAGAGAAUAAGGCUACGUUUGUCCGAACAAACUUACAGUUUGUGGUCGUACAUGAAUCAACCGGACGUUUUGGAACAGUGGAUAAAUCCUCUGUACGAACCGAAUCCAGGAGUGAUCUGGCCUAGCGUCGCGCCUAUUAGUAUUCAAUUGUGGAGAGAGCUCUAUUUUGUCCACACAAGCGCAACUCCGUGGGACGGCAUGCUUUCUUACGCGAAGCAAAUCAAGCAGAAUUACAUGGCGGUGCGCAAAGUGGCCGGACAGUUGCAAGCGCAGAUCAGACAGGUGUUGGACGAGAUCCGGUCCGAUUCAAACAUGUCGCAGGACAACGCCGAUCAUCAGGAGGAGCUCUCCUCUAUAGCAGAAUUGAGCCUGGAGUCUCAGAACACUUGACACAAAUUAUAGAAGCUAAAGUCUCAACUCUUCUUCAACGAUCUUGUCAAUAUUACAUUAUAUAAUUAAUUAAUACAAUAUUUAUAUAUAUUAUAUAUAUAUAUUAGUUCAAGAAUUGAACAAAGGUCUAUGAUAUUUGCAAACAAUCAACUGUGAAUGUCAAAGUCUUUAUAAUAAUUGUUAAUGUACUAUUCUCAGUAUCUCUAAGAUAUAAAAAAAACGUAUAAUUCUAAACAUAAUUCUGCAAGGAUUAUUGUUAUACGAAGUGAAUACCAUUUUAAAUAGAAGAAAAAAGAGAACAUCU